ACAAGAUGGCGGGCGGGGGGCGGGAGAAGCCGCCUCAGCGACGUCGCCGCAGCCGCCUCCGCUCGCCUCCGACCAUGGAGGAGCCGCCGCUCCAGCAGCCGCCGCCGCCGCCCGGGGAAGACGAAGAGGAAGGGGAGGAGGAGGAAGAAGAGGAGGCGGACGCUGAGUGGAGCUUCGUUGACCGCGAGAUGGAGGCGGUGGCGCUGCGCGACCUGCCCACCGCCACCAUCGCCUGCAGGCUGGACCCGCGCGUCUUCCAGGACGGCCCGUGCCGGGCCAAAUUUGAAUCCCUGUUCCGACCCUACGACAGGGACCUCACCUUUCAGUAUUUUAAGAGCUUCAAAAGGGUGAGAAUAAACUUCAGCAACCCUUUGUCUGCAGCAGAAGCCAGGAUCCAGCUGGACAAGACAGAAUUCCUUGGAAAAGAACUCAAACUCUAUUUUGCUCAGGUAAAAAAAAAGCUUGUUGGGAUUAUCCUGGGGGGAAUUAAAGCUUUCCUUGUUCUGAUUCCCAUAAAUCCUCCAGCUGAUGGGUGGAAGAACAUCCCCCACCAUGUCCCAUUUUCUGAGGAAUUCCGCUGUCUCCCUGCAGGGGACAAGUACGAGCUGCACGCGGCCACGGCCACCACUCCCAGCGUGGUCGUGCACGUCUGCGAGAGCGACCAGGAGAGCGAGGCCGAGGAGGAGCCCAGAAAACCCAAACCCAAAAUCAUCCAGACCCGCCGGCCCGACUACGCCCCCGCCCACCUCAGCUGAGCCGGGCCCCGUUUCCAGGGGAAAGCCAAAAUUCCGAGGAUUCGCGGCGCUAAACCGCCCGGAACGGCGGCUGCGGGAGGAGAAUUCCAGGUGUGCUCCAGAGGAGGGAAUGCCGCGCUCGGUUUGGAGUCGAUGCCGUGUGCUGAGGGAAUUCCUGGAUCCUGGGAGCAAAGGAUGGGAGAAGGGGACAUUUUGGGACAUAACUGGGCUUAUUCUGGGGGAAAAUUCCUUGUGACACCCGCGGUGGGUGUUUGGAAAACCUUGGGAUAACGGGGUUGGAAGGAUGAUGGGAAUUUUGGGAGCUUAACCCUUUUUCUUACGCUAGGUUUUGUGCAUGUUUCUUCUUGGUCUUCUCAAGUAAUUUGCUUUCUUUUCUAGAGUUUCUCCCAAGUUUCUGGAAAUCUGGGAAUUGUUUCCAAGUAUUUAUUAUCUCAGCAUCCCAGAAUUCCUCCUGGAUGUGUACAUACAUGAUAUAUUUAUAUUUGGUUUUAUUGGCCCUCGUUUUCCAGCAGGAUCCAAUUCCUCCAGCACCCGCUUUUGGUGCUCUGGAAGUUGUGCUUUUUAAAAUUUUCACCUUUGGAAUUCCUGCAGAGGGUUUUACCUGGCAGAGCAGUGGAAAAACGUGCAAUAGGAGAGUUGUUGGAAUACAUGGAUUUUAAAUUAUUUAAGUUCAGAUAAUUUAUAUCUUCAUUAGGAUUUGUUGGGGAGCUUUGACUCGAGGAGGGAAAAAAGGACUCGGAUAAUGCUGAUGGUGCAUAUUCAGAGCAGGGGGAUUUUUCCAGUGGGGAAAAAAAAAAUUAUGGAGAAACUUGAAUCUGCAUUUUUGGUGAGUAAAGUUUGGAUUGGGAUUGGAAAAUUCCACCCAGGACGUAGUGAGGAGAGCUGGAGUGCCUUUGCCUUGUCCAUUCCUACUCCAAGCUGCACACUUGGAUCUUUUUCUACUGGCUUUGGAUAUCCAAAAAUCCAAACUUUCUGAGCUUUGCUUCCAAACUCAGCUGGGAUGAAAUGCUUAAUGCCAAGGAAUGCUGAUUUAAGCAGUGGGAAUAUGUGGGAGAAGCUUUAGGGCUUUUUUUUAUGGCAGUGUUUAAAGGCUCCUAAAUGCAAAUUUCAAAGAAGAAAAACAGCAGAAAUAUUUUAAUACUGUUUUUUAAACUGGAGAUCCUCACCUUGAAGCAGGGUUCAGGAUUUUUUGGGAAGAGACAGGAAUUGCUAUCCAUAGAAAAUACCACUUGGGGGUUUGGAAAAGGGAUUGUGGAGCCUCUCUCAUCGUGUUUUUAGGAAUCAGAUCUGGCUCUCUCAUGGUUUGCUCUUGCCACAGUCGGUCUGAGAAGAGAUUGAAGCAAAUGUUGACUGAAAUCCUGGUUGACACCUUGGUUUUUUAAAUAAUAUUUGUUUUAAAAAGAGUGGAGCCCUUCCAGGCCACGGUGCAGGGAAGCAGGUUGUUCUGGAAGGCCUGGAAUUCCUGACUGGAACAGAAAUCCGGGCCUGGAGACCAGGAAUAUCCUGAAUUUCCUGCUCUAGCUUGGAUUGUUAUUCCCUGGAAACUGGAACAAAGCCUGGCUCUGGUGGCUGAGUGACCCUGGCUCCUUGGGAGCUGUUGGGAAGAGCUGAUUCCAUGGAUGGCUGGAGCUGGACACAGGAAAAUCAGAUUAUUUUGGGUUACCCACGUGCUGCACUCAACGCCCAAAAUAAAGGAAUUAAGUGGAGAAAAACUUGGUAGGUUUGCCACAACUGCCUUGAAGCCUUUCCAAGAGCUUUCCACGUUUCUCAAAUGACUGCUGGACUUUGUGUCUCACCACAUUCAGUUCCAGACAUGGGGAAUAAUUCCUGUCCUGUCCUUUUUCCCUGGAAAAUCAAAGCAUGAGUUUGGCAGUAGAAACCCAGGUGGCUGCUGCUGUGUUCCCUACAGAAGCACAGCUGCUUUUCAAUUCAAACCAUCAAUAAAUCUGAUUUUUGUCAUUUUAAGACCUGACCCCUGCCUGAGGUGGGAACCAUGGAAAUCUUGGAAUGCUCUCAGUGUGUUCCUGGUUGGAUCUGUCACCUCCUGUCCUCAUGACUCCAGUGUGCUGCUUGCUUUUUCUGGUUAUUUUUGUAAAGUUCCAAUGGAUGCUUGGUUGGUAUUUUAUACACUUGUAUAGCACGGGGCAGAUUGAUAUUAAAAUAUUUUGUUGUCUUCUUGUAAA